AUGACCACCACCAAAGAAGCUGAAACUGAGGCUCCAGUCAUGGAGCAACCACCUGCUACAGCGGAGCCUAAGGUUGGGGAGAAGCCAGUGAAAGAAAAGAAGCCCAGGACUCCCAGAGAAAAGAAGCCUAGACAACCUAAACCAAAAGCUGCUGCUCAUCCUCCUUACUUUCAGAUGAUCAAGGAGGCUAUAUUGGCUUUGGGUGAGAAAAGUGGGUCGAGUCCAUAUGCAAUAGCAAAGUACAUGGAAGAGAAGCACAAAGCAGUACUCCCAUCAAAUUUCAAGAAAAUUCUAGGUCUUCAACUGAAGAACUCUGCAGCAAGAGGGAAGUUAAUCAAGAUCAGGGCAUCUUACAAGCUAUCAGAGACGGGGAAAAAAGGGAAGGCCACUACAGGGAAAGUCUCGAAGGGGACUAACACAGUGAAAAAGGCGCAACAGGUUAAACCUACUACAAGAAAGACUAGGUCUGUUAAUAAAUCCGAGUCUGGUGCAAAAAAAGUAGCUGCUGGGGCUAAGAAGGCCAAGAAAUCAGCUGCUGCUAAACCUAAACAGCCUAAGUCUAUCAAGUCUCCCGCUGCUAAAAGGGCCAAGAAAGCUGCUUAG